CGUUGUUGGUUUUCGGCUGUCGUUGACUGACUUGGCGUUCAGCUGCUCGUCGCGUGUGAUCGAUUAAAAAAGACCUAAUUUUUGUAUGUGUGGUGCACAUUAACCAUCGCGGUUUUUCAUAUUGACACACUCGUGCAGCGUUCUGAGCAUUUUGGACGCAGAAAAGUAAAUCGCUCGGUUUGUUAUGGUUAUUGACCGACCUUUUAUUCGGUUUCGCUUUGAACCUUUGAACGAUGAAGCACGGUCGGGUAUACUUCAAGUGAAACGGGUCGUUUUAUGGACUGACAAGGAUCCCGGGAAGUGAAGUUUCGAUCGGACUGAUUGUUCCUGAAUGAGUGUGAUGUUAAAUAACUUCCGGAUUAAUCGAUCGAGUUGCGUCAUCUGUGAUCGCCAUCGCGCUCAACAAAGCAACCAAUUAAUCCCACAAAAAGUGCAUCACUAGAGCAUCGAUGUCCAAAGCACGAUCCCUGCAGCAGCAUCUCAACCGAAGAAGAAAAGUGCAUUCAAGUGGAAAUCCCUGCUGCCUCACCACAAAGUGAAGUGUGUCUUCGCAACGAACGCAACAGUUGAACCGAAUUCCUGACGCGCUCUCGGGCAGCGUGGUUCGCAUCGCUCUCGAUUUCUGUCUCUCGAUUCCGUGAGUGCUUACGCGCCUCCUGAUCCAAACAAUGACGCUGACGUGAGUGAGCACUGUGCACGCCGAUGACGAUAAUGAUGAUGGUGAUGACGAUUUGAGCAGCGCACCGCGCCUAAAGCGACCAGACCUGCCGCCGUGUGGUUACCGCGUGUUGAAGAAUUUCGCGAGUUCUGCGUCAGCGUUCGGCGCGAGCGGUUGUCAAGGCUCUCGGCAGCAGCAGCUUUUCGUGAAUCAAUUCGCCCGUUGGUUGCCACAUUUGGGGGAGUCCCAUCCCCACUCGGAGUCUGAGGCGCUGCUCCAGAAGGAUUUCUGGUUUGCGAAAUUCUUAGAUCGUUCUUGACACUCGUCGCGGUCGGACGCGAUCACGGAAGUGCACUGUGUAGUGUGGUGUCUGGGCGGUGCGAAUUUGAGAAGUGAAAGAAGGACAAAUUGGUUGGGCGAUUGAAAGUUGAACCAACAGCGAAGUCUGUUGUGGCAGUUGAAGGACGUCAAGUUUUUUUAGUGGAACAGCAAGGUCCUUGAGAGUUUGUCUGGACGCCAACUUUGCAGAACGAUGGCGGUUGAUCAUACACUGGAGGAGCUGAUGGGAAUGUUGGGCGACUUCGGUCGUUACCAGGCAUUCCAAUUCGUGCUACAUCUGCUGGCUGCCGUCACGGCUGGACUCCACAUGCUGUCCCUGGUCACGGUAGCAGCCGUCCCGGAACAUCGAUGCUUCAUCGAAGGUGUAGAUUCGGCAUCGUUCAACACCACCAGCUCGAUGCUGGACUACAAUGCGUUGGGCGAAUACAUUCCCCUGAACAAGGACGGCGAACUGGAGUCGUGCUGGAUGUUCGAUGGAUCCAAUAGAACUACCUGUACUUCCUACGUGUACAACACCACCUACUACAAAUCGUCCAGAACGAUGGAAUGGGAUCUGGUGUGCGAUCGCAAGUGGAUGGGAGCACUGGCCCAAACCGUCUACAUGUUGGGAGUCUUUACCGGAGCUGUAUGGUUGGGAGGUCUAGCUGAUAAGAUCGGUCGCAAGAAGGUGUUCUGCUGGUCAGGUCUGUUACAGUUGAUUUUGGGAGUUGCGGUUGCAUUUACUCCGGAGUACUACUCGUUCUUGGUGAUCCGGUAUCUCUAUGGAAUCUUCGGUAGCGCUGGAAGCUACAUUACCGGAUUCGUACUCACGAUGGAACUGGUCGGACCAAGCAAACGAACACCUUGCGGAAUCUCAUUCCAAGCAGCAUUCGCUGGCGGUAUAAUCCUAGUGGCAGCAUGGGGUGCUGUUAUCCACGAUCGAAUGCUACUGCAAGUGAUCUACGGACUCCACGGACUGCUGCUCAUCGCUCACUGGUGGGUCAUGGAUGAAUCUCCUCGGUGGCUGUGGAUGCAGAAUCGCAAGCGUGAAGCUAUCGAUAUCAUUGCCAAGGCAGUUCGUAUGAACGGCCGUGGUCUCUCCGUAGACAAAGAGUACUACCUCUCCAAGGACAAAUCCAACUUCUCAGCAGAAGCUACGUCGACGACUUCUGCUGGCCUUACCGACCUGUUCAAAACGCCCAACCUACGCAAAAUGACUCUGAACGUUUGUCUCUGUUGGUUCGCCAACUCCAUCACCUACUACGGUCUAUCGCUGAGCUCUGGAAAUCUCGGAGGAAAUCCAUUCCUCAUUCUCUUCCUGAUGGCGUUAGUCGAAAUGCCCAGCUACAUCACUAUCACCUUCCUACUGGACAAACUCGGUCGUCGAUCGAUCACCAGCACGCUCAUGUUGGCCGGAGGUAUUUGCUGUAUUGUUGCCACUUACCUUACCAAGGGCAGCAUUGAAUCCACCACCGUUGUCAUGUUUGGCAAGCUAUUCAUCGCUGGAUCCUUCGCCGUUAUCUACAACUACUCCGCAGAACUGUUCCCAACAGUGGUGCGUAACUCCGCCAUGGGGCUCGGUUCGAUGUGCGCUCGUCUUGCCGGAGCGUCCACUCCCAUUAUCAUCCUCUUCCAAACAUUCGAUCCGAAGAUCCCUGCCGUCAUCUUUGGAGUUAUCUCGCUCAUCUCGGGAACCUGGGUGCUCUUCCUGCCGGAAACCAACGGCAAACCGAUGCCCCAGAGUUUGCAGGACGGUGAGAACUUCGGACGAGGUGAUACGGCCUUCUCCAGUUGUUUGGGACGCAACAAAACGCACAUGGAGGAUAUGCCACCGGCGCAACAAAUGGUGCCAAUGCAGACCAUCGAACGAUAGACUGGUAGCGGGGGCUGGGACCAGCAGCGUGAUAAAAAUGCAUUAGAAUUAAGGUCAAAAGUGUUCAUCGAGUGCAGAUCGAAGGACAGUUUAACUGUGUUUUUAAUAAUUUGAAUGAUGUCUUCCACUGAACAAAUCAUAUAGCCAAUCGAUUGAAGAAAUGAGGUAGAUCGCGGUCGGUUGUCCGCCGAACGAAUGAUGCGGAAUGAGGAUUAUUUAACGUUUCGUUAUUGAUGUGUAAACUAAGCGCAAAAACUGAGCUCCUAGAGGUAGUCUUGUUGAAAUGAUUAGUUGAAAUAGAGAUUAAUUUUAAACUAUGAAA